GCCGUUCUACAAAUUCUGCAUGGCCGUAGGGCCACAGUGGAGACGGAUGGCAAGUCUCGGAAGCGCAAGGGUGCUUUGGAUGAUGCCGACAAGGCCUUUCUACGUGGUCUCAUGCGAAGGUAUGGCUUGGAACUGAUAGAUCAUCCGGAAAAGCCGAAUGGCGUCCAUGCCGAUGUGUUGUCCCUGCAUCAAGAGUUGCUGGAGUGGCAAAUGGACACGGGGACGAGUAGACUGCCGAAUGAAUCUGAAGACAGGCCUUUGUCUUCGAAGAUUGACAGCUACAAGGAGAAGGACAGAAGGAAUCGCAUCUCAAGCAUGAAGAAGGCUUAUCCUCCUGAUUUUGAACCUUUAGAGCAGUUGUCCUUGGACUGUCUUACUGGAGCAGGUGACUCAUCGACAGGUGUGCAGUGGCGUUCUGAGUUUGAAGAGCAACUUAUGCUUUCUGUACCUGGCUAG